AUGGCGCUCUCCGAGGCGGCCGGCUCUCGGGGCUCCCUGUUGUGGCCGCGCGUGUUGCUCUUCGGGGACUCCAUCACCCAGUUUGCUUUUCAGCAAGGUGGAUGGGGCGCUUCACUGGCUGACAAGCUGGUCAGAAAGUGUGAUGUUCUGAAUCGUGGGUUUUCAGGCUACAAUACCAGAUGGGCCAAAAUCAUUCUCCCGAGAAUCAUUGGGAAUGGGAGCGGUCUGGACCGCCCUGUAGCAGUUACGAUUUUCUUUGGUGCCAAUGACAGUGCUUUAAAAGAUGAGAAUCCUAAGCAACACAUCCCGCUGGAGGAGUACCUGGACAAUCUCAAGAGCAUGGUGCAGUACCUGAAGUCUGUGGACAUCCCGGAGAAGAGAGUGAUCCUCAUCACACCGCCGCCGCUUUGUGAGACGGCGUGGGAAAAGGAGUGCAUCCUACAAGGUUGCAAAUUAAAUCGCCUAAACUUGGUUACUGGUGAAUAUGCCAAAGCCUGUUUACAAGCCGCGCGAGACUGCGGGACUGGUGUUCUUGACCUGUGGACCCUGAUGCAGGACAACCGGGAUUUCUCUUCCUACUUAUCAGAUGGACUACACUUGUCACCUAAGGGGAAUGAAUUUCUCUUGUCGCACUUGUGGCCUCUGUUGGAGAAGCAGCUCUCUCCCCUGCCCUUGCUGCUUCCUUACUGGCGAGAUGUAACGGAAGCAAAUCCUGAACUGAGUCUGCUGGGAGGCGGGGACCACUAGUCGGUCCCAGAACUGGCAGGUUAGGAUGGCAGCCCAGAGGACCAAGCACAAAGCACUUUUCCCUCCUGACUCUGUAUUUGCCACCAGUAUUAAUAAAAGCAGUAGGACCUUUUUUUCCAGGGAAACUUUA